UCAGAUAUGAUUGCUUCCCAUUUUACUGACCAUCUAUGACUAUGCCUUGCUGGUGGAUGUAGAAAAUAUUUUCCGUAGCAGCUGAUUUGAAUCUGCAAACUAAAGAAAAACAACAUUUGCACAAGGGUUUAACAGUGGCCUUGGACUGAUGACAAUGAAUCAUUAUUACAUUGCUUUUAUGUGCACUGUGCUUGGCACUGAAUUACUAAGGAGCUUUGGCACUCCUGUCAAAUCCCCAAGAUUCAGAGGUCGAGUGCAGCAUGAACGUAAAAAUAUUAGGCCAAAUAUUAUACUUGUGCUUACAGAUGACCAGGAUGUGGAGCUUGGUUCCUUGCAAGUGAUGAAUAAAACCAGGAAGAUAAUGGAGAAUGGAGGUGCCAGUUUUGUUAAUGCAUUUGUAACCACUCCAAUGUGCUGUCCAUCUCGGUCCUCAAUGUUGACAGGGAAAUAUGUUCACAAUCACAAUGUCUAUACUAACAAUGAGAAUUGCUCUUCUCCCUCCUGGCAAGCAACACAUGAGCCACGCACCUUUGCUGUGUAUCUCAACAAUACUGGAUAUAGAACGGCUUUUUUUGGAAAAUACCUCAAUGAAUACAAUGGCAGCUAUAUCCCGCCUGGCUGGCGAGAGUGGGUUGGAUUAAUAAAAAACUCUCGUUUCUAUAAUUACACUGUUUGUCGCAAUGGCCUUAAAGAGAAGCAUGGAUUUGAAUAUGCAAAAGACUAUUUUACAGAUUUAAUCACUAAUGACAGUAUCAAUUAUUUCAAAAUGACUAAGAGGACAUAUCCCCAUAGACCUAUAAUGAUGGUGAUCAGCCAUGCAGCUCCCCAUGGCCCAGAGGACUCUGCACCACAAUUCUCCGAGUUGUAUCCAAAUGUUUCUCAGCACAUAACUCCUAGUUACAACUAUGCACCCAAUAUGGAUAAGCAUUGGAUCAUGCAAUAUACAGGGCCUAUGCUUCCCAUCCAUAUGGAAUUUACAAAUACCUUGCAACGCAAAAGACUUCAAACUCUGCUGUCAGUUGAUGAUUCCAUGGAAAGGUUAUAUCAUAUGCUAGUGGAAACUGGAGAAUUGGAGAAUACUUACAUUAUUUACACUGCUGAUCAUGGUUACCAUAUUGGACAGUUUGGACUGGUCAAGGGAAAGUCAAUGCCAUAUGAUUUUGAUAUUCGUGUUCCUUUCUUUAUUCGUGGUCCAAGUAUAGAGCCGGGAUCAGUAGUAUCUCACAUGGUGCUGAAUAUUGACCUUGCUCCAACAGUUUUGGAUAUUGCAGGACUUGAUACACCUCCAGAUAUGGAUGGCAAAUCUAUUCUAAAACUUCUGGACCUUGAAAAACCAGGGAACAGGUUUCGAACAAACAAGAAAACCAAAGUUUGGCGUGAUACAUUCCUGGUGGAAAGAGGCAAAUUUUUGCGUAAGAAAGAAGAACUGGGCAAAAAUACCCAGCAGUCAAAUCAUUUGCCUAAAUAUGAGAGAGUAAAAGAAUUAUGUCAACAAACGCGAUACCAAACAGCUUGUGAGCAACCUGGUCAGAAAUGGCAGUGUAUUGAAGACGCGUCCGGAAAACUACGUAUUCACAAAUGCAAAGGGGCCAGUGACAUUCUUGCUAUUAGAAAAAGAACACGGAGUAUACAUUCCCAGGGAUAUAGCAGCCAAGAAAAUGACUGUGAUUGCGGGGAGGCUGAUUAUCAGACCAGUCGGGCACAAAGGAAAAAUCAAAGAGGCUUCAUGAGGACAUCCAGUGUACAAAAAUACAAACCCCGGUUUGUCCAUACUCGCCAAACUCGGUCCUUAUCUGUGGAAUUUGAAGGGGAAAUAUAUAGUAUAAAUCUGGAGGAAGAAGAGGAGAAGGAGGAAGAAGAGGAGGAGGAGUUUCACGUCCUUCAAUCGAAAAGCGUUGUUAAGCGGCAUGGAAGUUACAGUGAAGAGGAAGAGGAUGAAACAGAGGAAGGUCAUCCUGAAGAUGGUGAUGGAAUUAAAGCAAUGCUUGCUGAUGGAACUAACACAGUUGGCCAGCCAGAUUCUGUCAGAGUUACUCAUAAAUGUUUUAUUCUUUCAAAUGAUUCUAUUCAUUGUGAAAGGGAGCUAUAUCAUUCAGCCAGAGCUUGGAAAGAUCACAAAGCCUACAUUGACAAGGAGAUUGAAGCUCUCCAGGAUAAAAUUAAAAAUUUAAGAGAAGUAAGAGGACAUCUUAAAAGACGAAAACCAGAUGAAUGUGACUGUAGCAAAAAAAGCUAUUACCACAAAGAAAAGGGGACAAAAGUUCAAGAAAAGCUUAAGACAAGUCAUCUACAUCCAUUCAAGGAAGCUGCUCAAGAGGUGGAUGGUAAACUUCAGUUCUUCAAAGAGAAUCGGAGGAGAAAAAAAGAAAGGAAAGGGAAAAAGCGCCAGAAGAAAGGAGAUGAAUGCAGCCUUCCUGGACUCACUUGCUUUACUCAUGACAACAAUCACUGGCAGACUGCACCAUUCUGGAACUUGGGAUCAUUCUGUGCUUGUACAAGCUCCAACAACAACACUUACUGGUGUUUGCGAACAGUAAAUGAAACACACAACUUCCUCUUCUGUGAAUUUGCUACAGGAUUUUUGGAGUAUUUUGAUAUGAAUUCUGAUCCCUAUCAGCUAACAAAUUCAGUACAUACAGUAGAAAGAGGCAUUUUGAACCAGCUACAUCUUCAGCUAAUGGAGCUACGAAGUUGUCAAGGUUAUAAGCAGUGCAAUCCAAGACCUAAGGGACUUGACACAGAGGACACUUAUGGCAUGGAUGGGAAGGCUAAGCUCCCAAAUUUUACAGAAAGCAUCAACUGGCAAGGACUGAAAGAUUUGUACAGUGUGAAUGAAAGUUUGUAUGAAGCCAGAAACAACUACAGCAUUCAUUCUGAAGACUGGAGAAAUUACUUGAAGGAUGUAGAUAGAAUCUUUGCACUGCUGAACAGUUACUCUAAGCAAAAUCAAAGAGCAGAGACUCCCACUUUUAAUACCAGUGGAGACUUGGAUGAAUCUUCCACAUCAUUUUCCUUGUUGGGAAUGAGCUCUGCUGAAAUAGAUGAAGGUUCGAGUGGGUUGACAACCCUAGAGGCUCAACCUAUCAUCCCAAAAUAUUAUGGAGACCUGACCUUGAGCACAGUAGUGUCAAGCAAGGAUGGCAGACUUGAAUUAAGUAAUGAUAUUCCUGCAAAAAAGAGUACAAAUGUCCACCAAGCCAAAACAUGGCUGAAGAUUGAAGAACCAAUUCAUUCAGAAAUGGAUUUUAGUGGGAAUGAUUUGACAGAACUGGAGUCCAGACACAGCUUCAUCUUGCAACCAAUUAACAUUAUUCAGAAAGCCUCUAUGACAGACAAAGAUUUUGCACAAGGUAUUUUUGAAGAGCCAGUCUACCUUCCCAUGAACUCCGGUGCAAAAACAAUCAGCUGGGCUUUAAAUACGCUUGUUCUACAACAUAAAACUGAAAUGUUGAGAACAAGGGAAAGUUUCCAGAAAUCUCAGUUUCUGAAUGAAGGCAGUGCUUCAAAUCCAAUCCCUUCAAAUUAGGCUGUGUUAGCAAGUCAGGUACUAUUAAUUAGCUGGCAAAUAGAACAACAAAACAGCCAAAUAGUGUAUAUUUUACAUUACACAUUCUUGUCAAUGUGGCUGCAGGUACUAAAAUCUGAGAAUUAAAAAGGUACCGCUGUGACUUCUUUUAGUAGAGCCCUAUUUUUAAAGUAGUGUAAAUGCACCUUCAAAGGAAAUAAGUUUGUUUUUCUAUUCUCAUAACAAAUAUUCUUAUCCCAUAUUUCGGUAAUUUUUAUUAAUUUGAACCAUUGAAAUUUCAUAUUGUCAAAGUAAAUGUACAUGCCCUUUUGUAAUCUUCGUGCCAGUCUUUAUUAAUCUGACUUGUCUACAUGUUCUUAGUUUUGCUAAUGGAAUGUAAUUUGCAAAACAAUAAAAUAAGUUGAUAGAGAAUAUAUUAUUUACAUGGAUUGUAAAAAGCAAUUGCUUUAUUGAACAGAUUUUCAUGUUUGAUUUAAAAUCUUUAUGUUCCAAUCAAUUCACAGUAACCUUUUUCUUAGAUAUAAUAAACAGGAAACUUAACAGAAAGAGUUAAAGAGAGUUAAUUUUCCAGUAGAUAGGGACUAAAUUGUUAUUAAGAUUUUUAUUUUUUCAGGAAAAUUUGAUUUCCACUUUGCAACAGGUCUUAAUAUAGUCACAGCUGUUCUAAUCAUUUUAGAAUAAAAUCUAGUCCAAAGAAAGGUUCUGUAUACAAAUAUGCUAUAUAUUACCAGUAUAUUGCAUAUUGGUACACUUGCAGAACAGCAACACAUCCCCCCUUUUAAACACAAUCUAAUGUAAUACUGCACAAUUGCAUUGCCAUAUGUAGCCAUACAGAAUACUGGAUUGUAGGUAUACCUUUUAAACAGCAAGGUCCUGUACACAGAGAAUAAUGUUAUUUGCAAAAGUGCUUCUCCACUCUUCCCCAGAAUCAAGGAAAGGAAUGCUUCUCACAGAAACAUCAGUGAAGUUUGCAUAUAUUGGUUUAUUAAAGUGCUUUAGAAUAUAGCAUCUGAGCACGAAAAAAUAGAUACCGUCAUCUGGAAUUGUGUGAAGGUAGCUAAAUGACUUAGAAGAUUGCUCCAAAAUGUGGGCUUUGGUGUGUUUUUUUAAAGAAACAACCCCUUCAUAACCUUCAGAAUAAAGAUUAGUUCUUAGUUUUCUUAGUUACAAGAUUUGUAGAAAGUAACAUUUUAGAAAUAAUUUAUAGAAACAAGGUUGACAUAGAAUUGGCUUUAAUCGUGAAAUACCAGAUAAACAGUCAAAUAUUCCAUGUUGUUAACAGUUUUUUAAAUGCAUGCAAACAUAACCUUUUGCAAUAACCAAGAGCAUACAAAGCUCAAAAAGUAAACCAAUGGAAUUAAAGUCCUAAUACAGAGGAAGAUAGUUAAGUGUAGUUUAUACACUUUCCAGUAAAUCCAUAUGCGGGAUCCCAUACUGACUUUUGGUUUUUAAAUUUCUCACUGUUCCUUUUCGAGGAAUUUAACUCCAGUAAUGAUCUUAGCCUCCUGUUUCCUUUCAACGCAUUCACUCUUCCUUCAUACUUCUGUUUUGAAAUUUGUCAUUAAUACGCCAUACAUACAGUAGCCAAAUUCCAAUGUUGUUCCAGAUUGUUUACUCAUAUUUUUGCAUUCAAUCCACAUACAGAAUAUAUUAACUUUUUACCUUUUCUUUCAUUCUUUUUCCUCACACAGUUCCUCAAUUCCCAAUUUCAAUUUGUGGUUAGAUUACUCCUAGUUUUCCUUAUUUCCAAAUAACAAUGCACAUUCUCAUAUACAGCCAUUCUUGGUUCUUCUGACAUUCAUUCCAUACAGCAUACAUUUUCUACCACCAUCUGCAGAUCUUAAAAAAUAGCUUCAUUCAGUUAUUGGACCUUUUAUCAAGGAACACAAAUUAAUCUACUUACUCUUUUUGCCAUUUAUAUACAAACUUGCAAUUGUUUGCUCCAUUUUCUCUGUCAGACACAAUUGUCUUGAUAUAUUUAUGUAUUAAUAUUCAGUUAUGUGCUCCUUGUUGUAUUAUAGUUUAUGUAACAUUUACUUAUUGUUUGAAGGCAUUUCAGUAAUUUCCAUGCAAAGCUUUUAGUAGAUUCUGUAAACAUGGAUAUUUAUCAUUUACAUAUCUCAAACUGAAUGGCAGAACAAAUUUAUUUAAGGAUG